GUCUAUUAUUUCCGAGGUAAACUGGCCGAGGCGGGAAGGAUGUUUGAACGAGCGCUGGUUGGGUACGAGAAAGAACGCGGAGCGGAUGAUCUAGAGGCCCUCGCUGUCGCACGCGAUCUCGGCCAGGUGUACCACGACCAGGGUAAACUGGCCGAAGCGGAGGAGCUGUACGACCGAGCGCGGGCUGUGUACGAGAAAGAUCCGGAAGUGGAGCACGAAUCGACCGUUACGAUUUUCAUUCUCCUUGCUAGCUUAUGUCGCUUGCAGCGAGAGUUCAUCAAGGCAGAGGAGAUAUGUCAACGAGCAAAGGCCAUCAUCAAGGAGAACCCAGAGAUCGACGCCCAAGUCGCGCAAUUCCUCAUAGUAGAAACUGGGACCUUAUGUUGUCUACAGGGCCGUUUCUCUCAAGCUAAAACGCUGUAUGAAGAUGCUUUGGCCUUUUUUGAACAGGAGAAACGGCUGGAUCGCUUCUACUUUCCCUGGGUCAAGAAUAACUUGGCAAAUGUGUAUUAUGAGCGGGGUGACCUAGGUCAAGCCGAGGAACUCUACAAGGAUAUCUUGAACAGCGUUGGUCAAAGUUCCGUGGAGAUACACUACUAUGUUUGGGGCGUGAUGAAUAACCGCGCGUUGUUGUAUGCCCGUCAAGGUCGGUUUGAAGACGCUCGAAACAUGCUCAAGGAAGCCCUGGCCGGGGGGGUAGCUUCCCUUGGGCCCGGACAUCCACUCACGGAAAAGGUGCAGGAUCACCUACGAUGGAUAGAAGAAGGGACAGAGAGCUCUACUGGCACGGGGGCUCCUUUGGGUGUUGAAAGUGGUGGACGAACUCCGAGCCUAUGGUAUUAUUGA